UUUUUUUUCAUAAAUCGCAACCAAUUUUUGUGAUUUCUCGGCGACAAGAUAAUAAAAUAUGAAAUUAUGGUCAUGGCUACUGUCCAUAUCGAGUCAAAUGAUUUUAUUUUUCGGAAUACCUUCAAAACUAUAUUCAUCUCCGACAUUAACUUCAAUUGAGAUGGACAAUGACCACAAUCGAUUGAAAUCAUCAAAUGAUACAUUAAUAUUUGCACACGUUCUGUAUCGUCACGGUGACAGAAAUAUCGAAAGAACCUUUCCGAAUGAUCGAUGGGGCGCAGAAUGCAAUUGGUUGGGUGCAAUUGAACCAAAUAGCACGGUGGAAUACAUUGCUACUUUUCGCUAUAAAACACAUACAGACACUCCGAUAACUGCUCGACUCAAAUCGUGAUUUUUAUUGAAAGAAAUGUUGGAGCGUUUUUCGCAAAAAAUCAAUUCGACAUUGCAACCAGAUCGAACGCUUCAUCUUUAUUCUUGUCAUGAUA